GUGAUGGUGGGCCACUAUGAAAGGCGCUAUAUAAAAUAAAGAUUGAUUGAUUGAUUGAAAAUAAAAUAAAAUAAAAUAAAAUAAAAACAUUACAGGAUGGGUAAUUAAAGAGCUGCAAAAGCUCUACUGGCGUUAAAAUGCCUCUGCCCCUUUAAGAGAUAUGGUGCACCAUUCAUUUGUGUCCCCCAUAUAUUGUGGAAGGUGAAGAGCGUCCUUCCUAAAUACAGUAGUGUGUAUAAAUAGUAAAAACUAUAAAAACCAAUAUACUAUUAGCUUGUUAUAGUUAAUUUACUUAAAAUGUACAGCACAUGAAUACAGUACUGUGUAUAAAUAGUGAAAACUAUAAAAAAAACAAUAUAUUAGCUUGUUAUAGUUAAUUUACUUAAAAUGUACAGCACAUUUAGAAGAGUGUCUACAACAUGUUUGGGAGCAAGUUCGUCUAAAUUAGCGUCCUAGUAUUUUUUUUUUUAUUUAAUUUAUUUAUUUUUUAUGGCAAGUGUUCAAGCAAGCAGUAAAAAUAAAUUUGAUGCAACAGCAGACUUCAUGCGGUGUGUGCUAAGAAUAAACGUGAACAAGUGCGACGUAUUCUGCCAACAUUAUCAGGUAUGCAUUAAAAUGAAAAACUUAAAUAACAUUAAACGUAAAGAUAAUUUUUGAUUACGUCACAUGGUGGUAUUGUGCAUUUGCUAGCAAUAAUAGAACAAUCAUAAGAGCGGAGGGAAAUAAACACCAAACACGGUACUGUAUUUCAAUGUUAAAUCUAUAGAUUUUCAUUCACUGCUGCUGAACUACAAAACAGAUGCACAUGUGACAUGGAUAGAGAGACUUUUCAAACGUGCUGCAGUCUUGUCAAGAGCCAUAGACCAUGCUAUGAGAAAUUAUGUUCCUCUCAUCUUAUUAACUAUAUAGAGAAAAAAGAUUUCAGUUAUUCCAAAUUUUUUGAAAAAUAUGUGCUUCCAAAUUACCCUUGUGUGUUUUCGGGACGCUUCACGGAGGAUUGGAACAGUAGGAAGCAAUGGGUCACACAAGACGGAAAACCAAAUUUUCAACGAUUGCUCCAGGAUUUUGGAGAUGCAUUAGUUCCUGUGGCAAACUGCAAUGCGAAGGAGUACAAUGCCAAUCCAAAGAAGAUUAUCCCUUUUAAGGAAUACGUUGCUUAUUGGAAAGAUUACAUCCAGAACGGGCACUCGUCUCCCAAGGGUUGUUUGUACCUGAAGGACUGGCACCUGCACAGGGAGUUCCCAAAGCACAAUGUUUACAGCACUCCUGUGUUUUUCACAUCUGACUGGCUGAAUGAAUAUUGGGAUGCCAUUGAGGUUGAUGAUUAUCGAUUUGUCUACAUGGGACCUAAAGGCUCCUGGACUCCCUUCCAUGCUGAUGUCUUCCACUCAUACAGCUGGUCAGCCAACGUCUGUGGGAGAAAGAAGUGGCUACUGUACCCCCCCGGCCAGGAGGAUAACCUAAGAGACUGCCACGGAAACCUGGUUUAUGAUGUCACAGAACCCAUCCUCCAAGACAAGAGGCAGUUCCCCAGAUACGACAAGAGCUGCCAGCCCCUGGAGAUCAUACAGGAGGCAGGGGAAGUCAUCUUUGUGCCCAGUGGAUGGCACCAUCAGGUUUAUAAUCUGGAGGAUACCAUCUCUAUUAACCAUAACUGGGUUAACAGCUGUAACGUGGACACUAUGUGGCAAUACCUGCAGAGGGAACUGGCUGCAGUACAGAGUGAGAUUAGUGAGUGGAGAGACUCCAUGGACAACUGGCACCAACACUGUCAGAUUAUGAUGAAGUCUUGCACCGGCAUUGAUUACAAGGAGUUCUACAUGUUCUUGAACAUCGUCUCCAAGAAUCGCAUCUCUUUCCUGCACUCCUUCGGAGGUGAUACUGGUUCGAGCAGGAUCCAGCGCCCUCAUGAUCUGUCCACCCUGGGUCCUCACCACGCAGUCUUUGAUUUAAACAAGGUGGCCCAGGUGCUAGAGUGUGUGCUCAGUAAUGAGGAAUUUAAAAAACUAGACCCAGAUUCACUGUCUCCGCGACCCGAAGACCUGCUGCAGAAAAUUAAAGAAGCUACAGAAAAAACACCAUUGUGACUGCUCCCGUUACUUUGAUAAUUACAUACUGUAAUAGAAACUAAGUCUAAUUCUGGGUUCAGUAUUUUAGUACUUAUUGGGGGAAAUCACUUUAAUCUUCAAUUGAGAUUUUUUUUCCUUUCAAAAAAAGCAAAAACAAAAAAAACUUAAAGGGAUAC